AUGUACACAACAGGACGCGGCGGCCUAGGCAACUAUCACCCACAUCCCGCACCCGCAUCGAUUCCCGUACCCUGUCGACACUCUCCACAACCCCCACCCCUUGAAGAACCGGUUCCUGAGUUCCCCUGGCCUCGCGGCCGGGAUCGCACACAACGUCGUGGCCGUGGCAACGCGCCGUUCUCCUCUGCGUCUACCACGGGGCGGGGCGGGUACGGAAACAUCGCACACGGGACGACGACACAUCAUCAACUCGAGUGGGCGUACAGCGAGCGGGAACGAGAGUUGCUGGACGCACAUAUUGCGAGGCGCAUAGCUAUCCCGUCGCCCGGUCGUGGUGGCUACGGCAACAUCAGCUUCGCGCGCAGUCUGCAGCAGCAGGCCGUCACGGAGCAGGCCGCCCGCUCGCGCUCGAUCGAUCCCGUCGCGGCGCCUGUGGGAGUGCGAUUCGGUGUCCCUGCGCACAUACUGGGCAUGCGCCGGGACCGGCGCAGACCCAGUCGGAGCCCGCCGGACCGUGAAAAUGACGGGCAUUGGCGCGGGAGCCGAGAAGCGUGAUCGCUCUGUAUUUGGUAUCGACUAUAUAUCCUUGCAGGUCGAUCCCAGCUCUAUGAUGUGUGGCUAGCAAAGCAAUACGUGCGGACGGGUGUCUUCGCGCUGAUGACAUCCUGAUUCACACGACGCUGCGGACACGAGACUGCAAUCGGCCGAUUCCGCCGCAGCCUGGAGCGUUGGAGCCAUGGUAGACUCAUUCGCUACCCCCGAUUAGCUCAUUGCUUGAACUCUCACGAAUGCAAUCGUCUCGGCCAGGAACCAUUCGACUGCACUCCGAUCUGUGACUCAUCCUCGGUUUUGAUCCGCGCGAGGACUGGUUCCAGAGUGCACGGCAUCUUCUCGCGCGACAACUACAACCUGUAUUAGAGAACCGUCGUGGAUCGGGAAUCAAACCACCAGGGACUUGCAACAUGAUAGAAUCUUGAUUCAAAUCGCCACUGAAAUUUUCUCGCCCGAUAUCUACUGAAGCGAUUCAGAAGCAGGAUCCGGCCCACUGGUCAGUGACUGGCUCGAACGGACGAGUGAAUAAGCAUCCCUUUGAUCCAAGCAGAAAGACGUUCAGACAGUUUAUUUGGGCUAGGUAACAGCCAUUACCCAUCUCCGGGCCGUUUAGACAGUUACGUGAUCCUGUGCUGUCGACCAUCUCGUUGACGGAGGAAAUACAUAAGACGUCAGAAAGAAGGAGAUUCUCCAUCCAUUAGUACAUCUGUAGAUAGGCGAUUACAUGACGGUAUCCAAACUACAAUCUUCAAACAAUCACUUCAGUAUGAACGUUCUCCUCACAUGCCUCGUCCGCGGCUUGACUUUGUCCCGCCUCAAUUGGAUCGGCCGCGUGCGCCCCUUGAGUCUCUCGUAAACCCCGCAGGCGUUACACACCACCUGACCUCCGACGUUCUUCCUCCAAACGCUCGUCGCGCGGGUUCGGCAAUUGGCGCACAUCGUCCCGGAAUACUCGGAGUCAGGAAUGUGCGCGUCCACGGACGGGGUGUCCAUGUCCGCCUCGAUGAGAGCACGUGGCCGGGACUUGCCUCGCUGCAGCAGAUACAGGCCACAUGCGUUGCACAGCGAUUGACCUGUGCCGGGCUCCCGCCGCCAGAGCGGGGUCGAUGUUACUCCACAGUGUGCGCAAGUCUUGGGCGUUUUCGCAGGAGCAGGUCCGGAGUAUCCGGGAUACAGAUUGGGCGGACAGAGGGACGGAGAUGCAGAUGGAGAAGGCGAAGCAGAUGUGGAGGAGCUUGGCGAGAGUUCGCCGUGCGAUAACCACUGGUCGCGCUGAGAAUAGACCGGCCAGAAGGCAGGAUCUGCGGACCAAUCGCAAUUCGUGAAUGAAGUGCCAGGGCGCUGAUGCGCGACGUUCAAGGGUUCCUGCAUCGUAAUGAGGCCCGAAAAAUCGAACUCCCUUCUGGUAAGAUGGGUGGGACCCGGAGAGUGCUGUGGCUGUGCGGGGGACGGGUUGCGGUUGUACGUGUUGGUGGGCAUGUAGGAAUUGGACAACACGGUGAGGGAAUCUGGCAAAGGGAAUGAG